AUGCCAACCAUCAAAGCCGGCAACCGCGUCUUCCAUGUCACCGACAUCGACCGCGAGGAGUGCUCGCGCAUCGUGCCCAUGCGGGUCCUGUCGCUGGGUCUGACGAGGACGGGGUCAGAGUCGCUGAUGGACGCGCUGCGCAUCCUCGGCUACCACGAAGCAUACCACGGAUACCAGGCCAUGAUCAGCAACCCGCGCGACUGCGAGAUGUGGCUGAAGGCGUUGCGGGCGAAGUACGACGGGGUGGGACAGCGGUUUGGGCGCGAGGAGUGGGAUAAACUGUUGGGGCAUUGCCAGGCCGUCUCCGACAUCCCAGCGAUCUGCUUCGCAGAGGACCUCAUCCAAGCCUACCCGGAAGCAAAAGUCAUCGUCACCGUCCGCGAUGUUGAUGAAUGGUACGAAUCGAUGAUGACCCUCGUCACGGCGAUCGACACCCCACUCAACAAAUACCUCCUCGUGCCCCUCAUCAGCAUCACGAACACCCUCCUGCACUCCCGCUUCCGUCUCGUGCCCGAGACCUUCCUCAAAGCCGGGCUCUGUCUGUACGGUGAGGAUAUCCGGACCAUCGCUCGGGAGACGUACCGCAGCCACGUAUCCAGAAUACAGGCGCUGGUGCCCAAGGACCGCCUGCUGCUGUACCAUGUCAAGGAGGGGUGGGAGCCGUUGUGUGCGUUCCUGGGGCAGCCCGUCCCCGCGGUGCCGGUGCCGAACGGGAAUUCGAAGGCGGAUAUGCUCGCAAGGCAUCGCGCGUGCAUGCGGUUGAAUCUGAGGGAGUGUGGGUGGAAGGUGGUUAGGGGGCUUGUUUUGGUUGGGGUUCUGGUGAGUUUGUGA